CAAGAAGCCGUAUUUAGGGUUUGUUUUGCUGGUGUGUGUCUUUCGGUGUGCGUCUAGAGCCAAGAGGGUCCAUCAUGGCUCCGAAGAGAAAUAAUAUUAUCCCAAACAAUCAUUUCCACAAGGAUUGGCAGCGCUAUGUGCGCACGUGGUUCAACCAACCUGCCCGCAAACUAAGGCGCCGCAAUAAGAGGCAGGCUAAGGCUCGGCAAAUUGCUCCACGGCCCCUAGGAAGACUGAGGCCUGUGGUUCGUUGCCCAACCUUCAAGUACAACACAAAGCAGCGACUGGGCAAGGGCUUCACUUUGGAGGAGCUGAAGGCUGCAGGACUUUACAAGAAGUAUGCUCAGACCAUUGGCAUCUCUGUAGACUACCGCCGCACUAACAAGUCCAUGGAGUCCUUACAGAAGAAUGUUCAGCGCCUUAAAGAAUACAAGAGCAAGCUCAUCGUCUUCCCUCUGAAGGCCAGCAAGCCAAAGAAGACAGACUCCUCUCCUCAAGAGUUGGCAUUGGCACAACAGCUGGUGGGUGACAUAAUGCCCCUUGUUAAGAAAGGAAAGAAGGAGAAGGCUAGGGUCAUCACCAGGAGGGAUAGAAACUACAGCUGCUUUAACGCUCUCCGAACGGAACGUUCUAUUGCUCGUAAUUGGGGUCUGCGUGCCAAGAAGGCUAAGGAGGCAGCAGAAGAUGCUGCUGUUACUGGCAAGAAGUAAAUUGUACACUAAGAGUAAACAAGUGAAAGAAA